GCAGCGCCGCCCCACACAGGGAAAGAUGGCGGCGCCCGAGGCGGCGUGGAACCGCGUGGAUGUGCCGUGGCCCGCUACCAGCAGCGCGGUGCCCGUGGCCGCCCGGCAUCCCGCAGUGAGCUGCCUGCCGGCGCUGCGGCGGCGCUGCGGCGGCGCCCUGAAGCGGCUGUCCGGGCCGGGCCUGGCCGCCGAGGGACGCCUCCUGCGGGCCUUGCUCUACGUCUACCACAGCAGGCUGCUGCGGCACCGGCCCUACCUGGCCAUGCAGCAGGUGGAACAAUGCUUGAAGCGACUGUGGAAAAUGAACUUAGUGGGCUGCAUUAAAACCCUGGCAGAACUGAUUCCCAGGAAAAGUGAAGCCCAGGCCCACGCAGAGUGCUUAGUUCCCAGCCAGCCUAUGCUGGAAACGGUGGCCGUGAAGGUGCUGGGAGGCUGCAAGCUCAUACUGCGUCUGCUAGACUGUUGCUGUAAAGCAUUUCUCUUGUCUGUUAAACAUCUCUGUUCAGAAGAAUUCAUACUUUUGAAUACUGUGGCUUCAGGCUUGUUGAGCCGGCUAUGGAUUCAAUACAGGUGUGUACUGCAGAGCCUCAUCUCCCUGUAUGGCGUGCUGUCAACAUCGCUUCACCUGGUGUCUGAGACCCAGCAGAUGCCUUACAUCAAGGGAUUUACCUUCCCUUCUGAUAUCAGUAGCUUUCUUGGAGUCAACCUUUCUUCUGAGGCGAAGAAACAAAAAGCUAAAAUGCUUACAGCAAAAAGACCUACUGGCUGGCUGAAGAAGCUCUUCCCAACCAUGCCAGAGGCAGUGUCGAAGGUUGGGAAAAAGAGAGGUUUUGUGACCAAUGCAAGUGCAGUGGCAAACCACACCAUCGCUGCGGAUGACGUUGGAGAGCCCAUUCUGGCAACCAGAGACAGCAGAGGGAACCACCUAUGGUUUGAUGUGAAGAGCUUACUUAGACCAUCCAGACCUCCAAUAAUAGGGGGUAGAUGCAUGACAUCAAAACCUUUUCGAGAAACAUCAGUGUCACUUUCCUCUUCUAUGGCAAAAUUGCAGCACGCUGGGCCUCUUGUACAUAUGUUUCAAACAGCUGCAUCUUUUGGUGAGCUGUCAGAGGCACUCAGGAAAGCUAUUCUAUGGUGCAAAGGCAACAGACUCAAAUCAGAAGCUUAUUUUCUGCGCAACAAGUUGCUGAAAAGCAAUCGGCUGCACCACGUGGAGGCACAAGGAUGCAGCUUGCAGAAGAAACUGUGCUGUGUCAAAACAACGCUGUGUAAAUACCUCCUGCGUGGCUCACAGAACGUGCGCUGGCCAAGGCAGUACCGUGGGGCGUGGUUCUUUCGAAGGAGGGUGAAAUUCUCCAAGUGCUCGAAGAGAACUCUGAAGACUGUUCAACAAAAACGUUCUGAGCUUUCUGGGGACCGUGGGAGCAGUUUUUCACCCAUCACGAGGCCUUCAAGUCGGAAAGGAUGUCCUAUCACUCAUACAGCCUCUGUCAAACUAAGUACACCAGGGUCCCCUAAGCAGCUGCUGUUAAAAGAAAGCCCCAGGUCUGUGCAGAAGGAAUCUGAGAACGUGGAUAUUGAUUCUAUUUUUGCAGUGAUGGGUGUCUGAUUCUGGACUGGGAAGAAAUGUGUCUUGUUUUUCUAAGUAAAACUCAGAAUAUCUGCAAGUGUCUUGGUACCUCAUACACCAAGUUCUGCUAGCAAAGGAGUAACUAUCUUAUUUUUGUAAAAGUUUUGUUUUCUUUUUUAUGGAACAGCAUUCAAAACAGAUGAGUAAUCUUUAUCCUUUUACCCAGCCUUGUCCAGGAACAGCAGCUUUGAGUUGCUUCCUACUCGGUGCCUUUUCUCUGCUGCUGGACCACCUGUUAUUUGUGCUGUGCAUUUGACAGCACUUAAUUACCACCCAAGGCAGAAGGCUGCAGCUGAUCACUUACUGCUGCUCAGGCCUAAAGAUUUGCCCCUUCUCCAAAAAGCGUUACACUCCUCCCUUGCUGUUUGUACAGACAACAGCCUUGACUUGCAGUAUUAUCACCGUUCUACACCUGUUAUCCUUGUCCUGAAAAGGAGUUAUUUGAAUCCUGCUGCUUCAGAAAUAGGGCAAAGCACAGCCAGAACCUGAAGAGUAAAACUACCUGUGAACAAGUC